AUGGCAGCAAUUGAAGCACAGAAAGGUAAGCAAAUCGAGAAAAAGCCGGUCAAUUUCUCCAAUAUUUUGCUUGGGGCCGGGUUAAAUAUGGCCGAAGUUAGUACUUUAGGCCAGCCAUUAGAAGUUAUCAAAACUACCAUGGCCGCGAACAGAUCAUUGAGUAUUGUUCAAGCUGGUAAGUUGGUUUGGUCUAGAGGUGGUGUUUUGGGAUUCUACCAAGGAUUGAUCCCAUGGGCCUGGAUCGAAGCAUCUACUAAAGGUGCUGUUUUAUUGUUCGUGUCAGCCGAAGCAGAAUACCAGUUCCAAAAAUUAGGUGCCAACCAUUUCCUUGCUGGUAUGGGUGGUGGUGUUUCUGGUGGUUUAGCCCAGGCUUACCUUACUAUGGGAUUCUGCACAUGUAUGAAGACCGUUGAAAUCACAAGAGCUAAACAGGAAGUUGUCGCAGGAGUUCCUAAGCAAACUUCGUUCCAAGUUUUCAAGGAUAUCUACAAAAAAGAAGGUAUUAGAGGUAUUAACAAGGGUGUCAAUGCUGUUGCUAUUAGACAAAUGACCAACUGGGGUUCUAGAUUUGGUUUCUCCAGAUUGGCUGAAGAAGGGAUCAAAAACCUUACUGGUAAAGGUGAGAACGAUAAGUUAAAUGCAGUUGAAAAGAUUGCCUCAUCUGUUGUUGGUGGUGGUUUAUCCGCAUGGAAUCAACCGAUCGAAGUCAUCAGAGUUGAAAUGCAAUCUAAGACUAACGAUCCAAAUAGACCUAAGAACUUAGGUGUUGGCAGUGCAUUCUCGUACAUUUACAAGAACAAUGGUAUCAAGGGAUUAUAUAGAGGUGUCACCCCAAGAAUUGGUUUAGGUGUGUGGCAAACUGUUUUCAUGGUGGCUUUCGGUGAUAUUUUCAAGAAGCUCUUGAACACCGACGGUAGUGGCCAUUAA